AUGGACGUAGACCUCAUCCAGGUCGUCAACAAGCUCCAGGAGACCUUCACCGCCAUCGGCGGCGACUCGGUCGACCUGCCCCAGAUCGUCGUCGUCGGCUCCCAAUCUGCAGGCAAAUCGAGUGUGCUCGAGACCAUCGUCGGUCGCGACUUCCUGCCCCGAGGCAGCGGCAUCGUCACCCGCCGUCCGCUCGUCCUCCAGCUCAUCCACACCCCUUCCGUCAAGGACCAGGCCAAGCACGCCUCUUCGCGUCCCUACGACCUCAACGAUGACGGCCCCCAGCCCGAGCUCCUCCGCGGCUCCCACGCAUCCUCGUCCGCCGCCAACGGCAGGACACCCACCUACGAAGAGUACGGCGAGUUCCUCCACCUCGACAAGCGCUUCACCGACUUCAACGAGAUCCGCCGCGAAAUCGAGAACGAGACCUUCCGCGUAGCCGGCCAGAACAAGGGCGUCUCCAAACUCCCCAUCCACCUCAAGAUCUACAGCCCCAACGUGCUCAACCUCACCCUCGUCGACCUGCCCGGCCUCACAAAGAUCCCCGUCGGCGACCAGCCCAGCGACAUCGAGCGCCAGAUCCGCAACCUCGUCACCGACUACGUCUCCAAGCCAAACUGCAUCAUCCUCGCCGUCAGCCCCGCCAACGUCGACCUCGCCAACUCGGACAGCCUCAAGCUCGCACGCACCGUGGACCCGCAGGGCCGCCGCACCAUCGGCGUCCUCACCAAGCUCGACCUCAUGGACCAGGGCACCCACGCCCUCGACAUCCUCACCGGCCGCGUCUACCCGCUCAAGCUCGGCUUCAUCGGCGUCGUCAACCGCUCCCAGCAGGACAUCAACGGCAACGUCUCCAUGCUCGCCGCACGCAGGGCCGAGGAGGACUUCUUCCGCUCCCACGCCGCCUACAAGAACAUCGCACACCGCUGCGGCACAAAGUACCUCGCAAAGACGCUCAACCAGGUGCUCAUGAGCCACAUCCGCGACAAGCUGCCCGACAUGAAGGCGCGCCUCAACACCCUCAUGGGCCAGACCCAGCAGGAGCUCGCCGCAUUCGGCGACACCACCUUCCUCGGCGACCAGCACCGCGGCUCGCUCGUCCUCAAGCUCAUGACCCAGUUUGCGCGCGACUUUGUCGCCUCCAUCGACGGCACCACCUUUGACAUCUCCACCAAGGAGCUCUGCGGAGGCGCGCGCAUCUACUACAUCUUCCAAGACGUCUUUGGCCACGCGCUCACCAGCAUCAACCCCACGCACAACCUCACCGUCCAGGACAUCCGCACCGCCAUCCGCAACUCCACCGGCCCGCGCCCCUCGCUCUUUGUCCCCGAGGCCGCCUUCGAGCUGCUCAUCAAGCCCCAGAUCAAGCUGCUCGAGCCGCCCAGCUUGCGCUGCGUCGAACUCGUCUACGAGGAGCUCAUGAAGAUCUGCCACAACUGCACCAGCUCCGAGCUCCAGCGCUUCCCGCGUCUGCACGCGCAGCUCAUCGAGGUCGUCUCGGAGCUGCUGCGCGAGCGUCUCGGCCCCACCUCCGAGUACGUGCAGAGCCUCAUCCAGAUCCAGGCCGCCUACAUCAACACCAACCACCCCGCGUUCGUGCACGACUCGGCCAACAUUGCGCGCGAGCAGCGCGAGACGCAGGCGCGCAAGCAGGUCGCCAUGCUUCCGUCGUCGUCGAGGCGCAAGGCGUCGUUCGACGACGCCGCCGACGUGUCGGCCGAGCUGUCGGACGACGACGAUGCCGACAGCGUCAACGGGCCCCAUGCGCGCAGUCUCACCGUCAACGGAAGCUCCAAGACCGGCGGCAGCAGGCGCGACAAGAAGGAGCGCUCCAGCUCCACCUCGCACGACUCGCGCCCGCACUCGGCAUCCGCGCCCGAGGGCGGACGCCACCACACCAUCGGUCACGCGUCCGGCAGCUCGUUUGCCAACGGCGCUGGCGCUGGCGGGGGAGCCAAGGACACGUUCCUCAACUACUUUUUCGGGGGUGCGUCCGGGCUGCCCGUGGGAGGUGCGGGGCCUGCGUCGGGGCUGGGUGGCUACCAUGCGCCUGCCCCUGCGGCGCGUCUGGCCGAGUACAGCUCGGUGCGGGAGCACAAGCCGAACGCCAUGUCGGGGCGCACGGGUCUGGAGGGCAACUCGGCGGCGUACGACAUGAAGUCGCUGGACAAGCAUCUGGAGGCGACGCCGAUCUCGUCGGACGAGUAUGCGCUGUCGGACCGCGAGGAGCUCGAGACGACGCUGAUCCGCUCGUUGAUAGCGAGCUACUUCAACAUUGUGCGCCAGGGCAUCCAGGAUCUGGUGCCCAAGGCGAUCAUGCAUCUGCUCGUCAACUUUAGCCGCGAGAGCGUCCAGAAUCGGCUCGUGGCGAGCCUGUACAAGGAGGCGCUCUUCGAGGAUCUGCUGUACGAGGACGAGGGGCUUACCAGCGAGAGGAAGCGCGUCAAGCAGCUCCUCGACGCCUAUCGCGAGGCCUUCAACACGCUUUCGGAAGUCACCUUCAAGCCCGCAGCUGCAGGUGCGGCGUAG